AUGAGAGACUUAUACCUCCGAAUUGGCUAUAUCUUCGUUGGCGUUCUUUUUUGGUCAGCGAAUCAUUUGAGCAAGUUGUACGAAAUUCAAGUGGCACAGGAGAAGUAUUUCCACGACAAGAUCAAAACACUUCAGCGAUCAAAUAUUCGUCAGGGUCCAGAACCGAUCCACGACGAGAAGAUACCUACACACAAAAUAAAGCUCCCUUCUUUACCCAAACUGCCAUCGCCGAAUUCGAAUGGAGGUCUUCCACUUACAAGUGAAAAAGAAGAUGAUAGAAAUAACGCCGUUGUCGACAACACACUUCAAGAAACUCCGAUAAAUGAUAAAUUUAUUUUUUACAAUAAAAUGCCAAGAGCUGGAUCUUCGACGUUAUAUGCAAUCAUACAGGAGCUCUCCGGGAAACACAAAUUUACCUCUCAGAAAAUCUCUUCCGGGGAGCUACGCGACGACAACCCUGCAAAAAAUGAGCCGAUUAUCCAAUUUCUAAAGGGGAAGUCACUCAAUAAGUAUUUCCUGACAAAAACACAUUACUGGCUUGAUUUCGCCGAGUACGAAAUGAAACAACCUACAUUCAUUAAUCUCAUACGAGAUCCUGUCGAGUGGUUUGAGUCAAGGUACAAUUUUAAAAGGAGACAUCCGAUUAAUACAGCGAGCAUUUCUGAACGCGAAACAUUUGAACGCCCAAUUUCAAAAUGCGUUCUUGAAGAGUUUGACGAGUGCUCGACGCGCGUCCAUCAGCCCUGGCUUCUCUAUCUUUGUGGAACGAGUCAGACAUGCAAAGAUCUGAAGUCCAAGGAUAAGAAGCGGAGGAAAAAAGCCAUCGAGUUUACAAAAACGAAUAUUGCUCAGAACUUCUACUUGAUCGGACUGAUGGAGGAUUUCGACCUGUCUCUAAAAAUGUUCGAACAUGCUCUGCCGCGUUACUUCAAUGGCGCCACAAAACUGAUGAGCUCACACAAGGUUCAAGCCGCGAUGAAAGCCUCUCAAUCAGCAAACAUAUCGUCGCUCAAUCCUCUUGCUAGAAAGAGGCUAGCCACUGUUCUUGCGGAUGAAAUCGACGUUUUCGAAUACACGAAGUCAUUAUUCUACCAAAAAGUAAAAGACGCGAAUAUUAAUUUAUGA